CACUUUGCACUAAUACCUCUUCAACUCGUAGCUGGUUUUAUAAAGUCACCACUGUCUCAAAGGAGACUGACUCAGGACAGCGUCGAGUUGCACUGCGAGGCCGUUGGCAAUCCCAUCCCUGAAAUCCAGUGGUGGUUUGAGGGUAACGAGCCUAAUGAGACUUCUGCUCAGCUUUGGGAUGGCGCGUGGCAGGACCGGGUCAAAAUCAACGCCACCUACAACCUGCAUUCAACCAGCACCAUCUACAUCGCAAACCUCACCAACGACGACUCGGGCACUUACGAGUGCAGGGCAAGCAACGACCCUGAUCGCAAUCACUUGUCGAAGAGCCCUAAAGUCAAGUGGAUCCGUUCACAGGCCAACGUUCUGGUCAUCGAACGUCCGGUGAUCACAGGGCAAUACACCAGCUCUGCUGGCAAGGUGAUCCUCAGCUGUAACAUGAGUGCACCUCACGUCGCCAUCAAGGGUCACAAAUGGAUGCUGGGAGACAAGACGCUCAAAGCAGAAGAAGGCAAUUCAGACUCUUUCAUCACUUACACGAUCGAGGGGAAGGUCGAAGAACACUCUGGUGUCUAUGAAUGCAUCUAUGAAACAAACCCAGUGGCAAAAGGAAACGUGCUUAUAGAAGUUAAACCCCAAGUUGUAGCAUACAAGAAGUCUGAGCAUGGGAACGAAGGGGACACAGGUGUGCUGACCUGCAAGAGUCUCUCCUACCCCCCUGUCCAAUCCUGGGACUGGUACAGAAGUGAUCAAACCCGUAUUGUCAAUGGUACUGAUCGCUACAUCAUCAAGAACGGUGACAACAAGACAGAGCUACGCAUCCUCAAGCUGAGCAUUGAGCAAGAUACAGGUGACUACUACUGCAAUGCUUCCAACGCGGAGGGCCCUGGAAGUGCUACGGUGAAUCUGCGCGUGCGCAGCCGCCUGGCAGCUCUUUGGCCCUUCCUGGGUAUCGUGGCAGAAGUUCUGGUUCUCGUCACCAUCAUCUUCAUCUACGAGAAGAGGAGGAAGCCAGAUGAGGUUCUUGAUGAUGAUGAUGGAGGCUCUGCACCACUGAAAAGCAAUGCCACAAACCACAAGGACAAGAACGUCCGCCAGAGAAAUGCUAACUGAGCAGAGGUGACGUGUAGCUGAAGAACUUGUCUGGACAUUGUUUUCUUCUAAAUUU